GCCCCAUUACCUAGCAACCAAAGUAGCACAGCUAGUCCACGAAAAGUUUAGCCAAACUUUUUAUUUUCCGCCAUGCCUAAAAAGGAGAAUAAAUACGGCCACAAACAAGACGAAGACAAAAGCAAAACAAAGAAUAAGCAAAGCGAGGCGGGUCAGGCGGAAGAAAACGGCAAAGAGAAAGAUUUAUAUCUCAUUCAAAUCCGCUUUUUAAACGAGCAGCUGGAAAGAUAUAAGCGUAAAUGUGAGGAUGUGGCAAAUGAGAAGAAGGCCUUGAGCAGUCAGUGCAGCGCCAUGGAGAAGGAGAAGAAGGACAUCGUGGACUAUCUAAAGCGCUCCCUGCUGGAGAAAGAGGACGAGCUGGAUGAAAUUUCCCAGCGCCUGCAGGCUUUGCGGCGGGAAGCCGACGAGGACAAAGAUGCCCUGAGACAGCAGCUGGAUCUGGAGCGACGGCAACUCGGGGCACGCAUCGACGAGCUGGAGGAAGACAACGAGAGGCUAGUGGCGAGGCUAGCCGCAGUGGAGGAGUUUAAGAAGCAGAAGGAGAAGAUGUCGUCCGACGUGGAGCUUCUGGAGAAGCAGCUGGCCAGUCGGGAGGCGGAGCACGCCGCCGCCAUGCACGCCAUGGAGAUGAAGGCUCUGCUGGACAAGAGCAGGCUCAUCGAUCGGAUGGACGCCCGAGCGGCGGCUGUGGCGGCCGACACGGAGCGCUUGAUGGAGCGCAAGCUGCCGGAGACCACCAGGAGGACCGCGCAGGAGAACCAGGAGGUCAAAGCACGUUACGCUGUGCUCUCGGAGAAGGCCCACGACCUGGCCCGGGAGAACGCCACGCUGCGGGAGCAGAAGGGCCUCCUUGCAGCUGACGUGGACGUCCUGGAGAGGACGCUCAGUGAGAUGUCCCGUCAGAGCUGCGUCCGCAAGAAGGUGGUGCAGCAGCUGAGCGCAAAGUGCCAGCAGUUGCAGAUGAAGGAGAUGAAGGAAAGCGACCGUGACUUGGGAGCAAAAGAGGAGGACGUCGGAGCCGAGCCGGAGGUGCUCAGAAAGUGCCAAGCUUCCGCCACAACCGCGACGGCCCGUCUGGAGGCGGAGCUACAGCAGGAGAGGAAGAGGAGGACCGGGACGCGGCGUGUCGCGGUGAUGAAGGCCCGUGCAGGCAUCCAGUGAAGGCCUUUAGUGUAGAUGUCAUUGUUGGCCUCCGCCACUAGGGGGUGCUUGUGUGCCAAGUGGAAGGAGAUAUUACUUCAUUUAACCUUGGACAAUGAUUCCAUUUACGGCAAAAUGUUAAUGAUGCACUUUUCAAAUAACUUUUACACGAUAAAUAUUUUUUUUAAAGCUGUGAAUUGACAUCACAGUCAUUUUGCUCACUUUUCUUGCAGAUGAACGACUUGUAGAUGAAUGUCCUGAUUUCAAAUAAAUCAUUUGAAGAUUCAUUUUUGUAUGGCUGGAGAUGUAGAAUGUACAAAAAUAGUUUUCUUUGCUCAGUUUUACACAUUACUAUUUACAUUUUAAUGCACAAAUUUGUGGCAAAAUUUUGGAUAAUGUUUUUGAUAAAUGUAUAUUUUUAAUAAUUGAAUUCAUUGAACUUUUCAGAUCUGAGAUACGGUUUUGCUUUGAAAAUGAAUAUGCUUUCUUAAAAAAUGCUGUCAAUUUCCUCCUGUUCUUAAUCUCGGCAAUGUUUGUGGCAGAAAAUAAAGAGAA